AUGUCUACUGCCAUAAUGCAUCAGUCUGCGCUGUACGACUUUGGUGAUCUGUUCUUGAAGAACCAGUCUCGACCAGUGCAGACAAUGAAUAGCGCGUUGGGUCCAGUCGGCGCGACGACGGUCACCGCCAGCGUCGGCUGGGAGCAGCAUCCAGUUUUGGCCCGUGCUGCGUCUGUGCCCGCACAGAGGGCGCUCGCCGGUAUCCUGAACAGCUUAGGCCAUCGGCGGCUCGAACGCACCACAAGCGACCCAGCACAACCACCACCCGCUACCAGCAGAUACAAGACGGAACUAUGCAGGCCAUUCGAGGAAGCCGGCGUCUGUAAAUACGGCGACAAGUGCCAAUUUGCGCACGGCAUGCGGGAGCUACGUAAUCUCCAACGCCACCCAAAAUACAAAACUGAAUUGUGCCGCACUUUCCACUCGGUCGGAUUUUGCCCGUAUGGCCCACGUUGCCACUUCGUUCACAACGCUGAGGAAGCGAGACGCCGUGAGCCAUCUUCGCCCGGCGGCUCCUUGGCAUCCCUUUCAUCGGGAGUUUCUAUGGCAUCUUACAUGAGUGACGGUUCCCGUUCCCCAAGGUCGCCCCACUCUCCGCUCGCACCACAGUCCCCUAUGGCUCCCCAAUCGCCCCCGGCUUUGUCGCCUCCGGCCCCUGCUUUUGCGUUCCGCCGUGCGCACUCCCCGGACCCCGAGGAGGAACGGCUCCCAGUCUUCAAUCGCCUUUCGUCUGCGUUCGGCGACCUCGUGAUCGCCUAG